ACCCUCCUUCACUAACUAAUGCUGAAGUUUUAGUCAACCAUCUAUGGCAGUGGAGGAAUCUGGGUCGCCGCCAGACACUAUAACCACCACCGGAGAUGAUUUAUUCAGCUUCCAAGACUCUCCUCGUCGGAGAAGAUGUACCGGAGGCUGCGACAGACCGGUAAGUGUGUGCCUGUGCGAUACAAUACCUAAAGAACCCAUCUUGACGGGAACUCAAGUGCUGAUUCUCCAACACCCUCACGAGCAGCGCCACAAGCUGGCUACAGUGCCUGUCCUCGUCAAGUGCCUCCGCAAUUGCACUAUUUUGGUUGGCCGGCGGCUCUGCUAUGGUCAUUCUCCUCUCCUCGAUUCUCUUCAUGACGCCGCUGUUGAGAAUCCUGACCAUCAGUUCAGGUCCAUCUAUCUCUUCCCUGGUACGAAUUCUUCUACUGCAGUUGAAAUCGGCCAGUUUCUGUCAACCCCAACCGCAUCUCAUAUUAGCAACUACAUGUUGAUUGCUUUUGAUGGAACUUGGAAGCAUGCAAAAGAGAUGGUAGACGCAAGUUUACCAUUUCUAUCAAAGUUUGCUGUUCCUAUUUGUUUAGACUAUGAUGAAAAAGAGGAUGGUGGCACUAUGUUUGAUUCCGAUUUGAUUCUUAGGAAGGAACCAUUUAGUGGGUGCAAGAGUACAUUGGAAGCCAUUGCACGGAUUUUGCAUUAUCUUGAACCUAAUGGGGCUGAGAUUGAAGAUAAGUUAGUUCAGAUUCUAAGAGUUAUGGUUGGUUUCCAAUCUUGCAAUUUAAGACCCACAAAACCAAGGCCAAAGUUAUUAAGGAAGUGUAAAAGAGAAAAGAAUGAUGUUAAUACUAGUUGAAAAGGGUUGUUGUUCACUCUUCUUUAAUUUAUCCAUUUCUCUUGAACCAAUCAUAGAACAAGUAUUUGGUAUCAAAAUGAAGGUCUAGAACAACCUUUUAAUUAAUUUAAUUU